UUCGGCCUAAUUUGCUAAAAACUAAUAGGGCUUCACAUCAUACGUCGCCGUUCGACUGACUUUGCCUCUGUUUACGCCUACUGUCCGAAUUGUGCAGGAGCUCCCCAAAGCGAUUCCAGAGCCUUUCGUCCAAUUAUUCCUAGGGUUUCUCUGAGCUCUCUCUCCGAAAGACUCUAAGGGCUUGAAAACUUUGAAGCUUGAAGAAAUGAGGCCAAUAUUUUGCGGCAACUUGGAUUUUGAUGCACGGCAAGGGGAUGUUGAGCGGCUUUUCAGGAGAUAUGGGAAAGUUGAGAGGGUGGAUGUUAAGUCUGGAUUUGCUUUUGUCUAUAUGGAUGAUGAACGAGAUGCUGAGUAUGCAAUUCGGAGACUUGACAGGACAGAAUUUGGUAGGAAGGGACGCCGACUACGUAUUGAGUGGACCAAGCAUGAAAGAGGGAUUAGGAAACCUGUUGAUUCAAAAAGACCUUCAGCGAACACGAAGCCCUCGAAAACCUUGUUUGUUAUCAAUUUUGAUCCAAUCCAUACCAGGACAAGGGAUCUGGAGAGGCACUUUGAUCCAUACGGCAAAAUAGUGAACAUAAGGAUUAGAAGGAAUUUUGCAUUCAUUCAAUAUGAAUCACAGGAAGAUGCUACCAAAGCAUUGGAAGCAACAAAUUCAAGCAAGUUCAUGGAUAGGGUUAUUUCCGUGGAAUAUGCUGUUCGUGAUGAUGAUGAUAGAAGAAAUGGACACAGUCCUGAUAGAAGGGGCCGUGACAUGUCUCCUGAUAGAAGAAGCAAUGAUCGUGGGCGAUCUCCAAGUCCAUACCGCAGAGAUAGGGCUAGCCCUGAUUAUGGCCAUGGCUCCCGUAUAAGUUCUAGAUCUGAUCCAAGAAGAAGUCCUGAUUAUGAGAGAGCUGAAAGCCCAAUCAAUGACAGAUCCCGUCCUAGUUCUAGACCUGAACCAAGGAGGAGUCCCAGUUAUGAGAGGGCUGCUAGCCCAGUCAAUGAUAGAUCCCGUCCAAGUUCUAGACGUGAACCAAGAAGAAGUCCCAGUUAUGAGAGAGCUGCAAGCCCAGUCAAUGAUAGAUCCCGCAGCCGUUCUCCCCCACCGCGGGAAAGAUCCCGUUCCUGAAAACCAGCAGGAUGGAGCCUUGUUGUAGUGGUUAGCUGGCCUUCUCUUUCAUUCGUAGUUGACAACUGAAGUUUGGUUUUUCCUUUGUUGUUAGAA